GGGAGAAGAGUGUCUGGCAGGUUCACCCCCCUCCCCCACAAUGUGAGGCCACUCACCUCUCCCCGAUGGUAGGGACUAGACCAUUGGGGUGGGAGGUACGUAGAGAAAACAGAUCCCAGAAGAGAGUCCCUUCCAAGGAUUAGGUUCAGCCCAUAUCGUUGGCCCAGCUGCCUGGAGGGUCCACCCCUUCUGGACUUUGUACUCCAGUGCCUAUAGGAGCCAGGCAGGGCAAGGGCUAGAGAGUCAGAAUUGCUGAGAAACAACAGGAAAGAGAGCUGGGGCACUGUGCUGGGAAAGCUAGUCCUUGAGAGGCAUUGGGGCUCUCUCUCCAACAAUGUGGCUGCUCCUGCUUCUUGGGACCCUGCUUUGGGGAUUACUGUGGUUCCUUCGAGACCGGCUAGUGCUACCCCCCAGUGAUGGCUUCAUACUCAUCACCGGCUGUGACUCAGGCUUUGGCCGGCACCUGGCACUUCGGCUGGACAGAAGAGGCUUCCGAGUUUUGGCCUGUUGUCUAACAACCACAGGGGCAGAAAACUUGAAGCGGGCUGCUUCUCCUCGACUCUGCACCACACUCCUGGAUGUCACUGAUGCCCAAAACAUCCAGCAAGUGGCUGAGUGGGUGGGGACAUUCGUGGGAGAUCGAGGGCUCUUUGGGCUGGUGAAUAACGCAGGCAUCACUGGGAUCAUCGGCCCUACCCCAUGGCUGAAUCUGGAGGAUUACCGGAGAGUGCUGGAAGUGAACACACUGGGUCCCAUCGGAGUUACCCUAGCCCUGCUGCCCUUGCUACAACGGGCACAGGGUCGAAUCAUCAACAUCACCAGCGUCCUGGGCCGUCUGGCUGCCAAUGGGGGUGGCUACUGUGUCUCUAAAUACGGUCUGGAGGCCUUUUCUGACAGCCUACGACGGGACACAGCUCCCUUCGGGGUACGGGUCUCUAUCGUGGAACCAGGCUUCUUCCGCACAGCAGUGACCAACUUGGAGUGUUUGGAGGGGGUACUUCAGUCCUCCUGGAAACGGUUGUCUCCUGCCACUCAAGCCAGCUAUGGGGACAGCUUCCUCCCUAAGUACUUGAAGAUACAACGGCUCAUCAUGAACCUGAUCUGUGAUGGGGACCUGGGCAAAGUGGGCAGCUGUGUGGAGCACGCACUGACUGCCCGCUACCCCCGAACGAGAUACAGUCCCGGAUGGGAUGCCAAAUUGCUCUGGCUGCCUGCCUCCUACCUACCUGCCAGCCUAGUAGACGCUAUACUCACUUGUGUUCUUCCCAAACCUGCCCACAUGGUCGGCUGAACCCAUUAGCCGGGAGGAAACUGAGGCACAGAAUGGCAAGAAAACACUAUAUAAUCACCAUCCAAACUGA